AUGUCGACCGAGUUCUUUGCCUCGAGCGCUACGGCCACGGGCCCGGCCUUCUGUCCCCAUUGCGGCACGAUCCUGGACCAUCCGGAUACCAACAGUAUCGUGUGCUCCGCAUGCGAGUACCGUUGUCGCUACCAAGACCUGCCAUCCCUGACUGUAAUAACCCGGAGCGAGGACAAACCAACGCCCAAGUGGCUGGACACGGAGAAAGUCAUGAGCGAGGUUACUGGCCCGGCUCGCGCUACAGUGGAGGAGACGUGUCCGAAAUGUGGGAACCCCGAGAUGGACUACUAUACGCUGCAGCUUCGCUCGGCUGAUGAAGGCCAGACGGUGUUUUACGAGUGCAAGAAAUGUGGCCACAAGUUCUCGGUGAAUAACUAA